AUGUCCGAAGAUGUCGCGGUGAGUUCGACACUGCUUAAUGGUAAUCGAGCGACGGCGGCGACGACGUCGUCAUUCGGAAGUAUCAAGACCGACUGGCAAAUGCCACUCAACUUCAAUCAGAACGUGACGAACGUGCCGAACGGCGGACAAAUGAUGACGAUGUCGCCACCGGCCGGCGAUGGUCCCGGUUCGACGGGUUCGACGGCGCCCGAGGAGACGUCGUCGGCGUCGGACAUCUCCGGCGACGCCGAAGGCGUCUGGAGUCUCGACAUCGACCAGGCGUUUCAGGAAGCGUUGGCAAUUUAUCCGCCGUGCGGUCGCCGGAAAAUCAUCAUCAGCGACGAGGGGAAGAUGUACGGACGAAACGAGUUGAUCGCUAGGUAUAUCAAACUGCGAUGCGGCAAGACGCGUACACGAAAACAGGUCUCAUCGCACAUUCAAGUGUUGGCUCGAAAGAAGUUGCGCGACGAGCAGGCGAAAAAGAAGGAGAAUGGCGGAGGCGCGACGACGACGUCGACGACGACGACGACCGCGUCAACCGCCAUCACACCGCCGAGAUCGACGACGACACCGGUGGCGACGCCGGUCGCGUUUCCAAUAAAAGCGGAAACGUCGCCGCAAGGCGCGACUCCCGAGCAACUCUCGCAGCAAUUGCUCAUUUCCAGCCUCUCGCCGCAAUUGUGGCCGUUUCCAAAUCAGUUCAGUGUGGAUCUCGCGCGUCUCGUGGCGCCGAAACCUGAACCGAUCGCCGCCGAGCCGCCGGCGGCCGUCGAGCAGCCGACGACAGCACUCGUGAUGCCGAUCGCCUCCUCGUCGCUCUCCCUAUUGGGAUUCUCCGCCUAUGUACAGUGCAAUUCGACGAGCCAACGGACGGAGCUCGUCAAAAUCGAGAACAGCCUCGAAGAGGAGACGAUCGACAUCUCGUUGUUCUACGACAAAUUUCCCGAGAUUCUACGCGAGUUGUACGCGAAAUCGCCGAAAAAGGACAUGUUCUUUUUGGCCAAGUGUUGGGCAAACAUCAACGUCCCCGAUGACAUUAUGAACAGCCAGUACGCCGUCGACUCGUUCUACCAAAGCACCGAGAAGUUCCAUCUCAAGGUCUCCACGAUGGCGUGCUCGUUCGGCAAACAGGCCGUCGAGAAGAUCGAGGCCUAUCCGCCGACGGAAUGCAUCGGCACCUACUCAUUCGCCCUCAAAAAUUCGCCAAUGUGCGAUUACAUGGUGAAAUUCAUAUCGGAGUUGAAGAAGUUGGAGAAUAUCGAAUAUAUGAACAGCGUUCUCGAGAACUUCACGGUUUUACAGAUAGUGACGAAUAGCGAGACCAAUGAGACAGUGAUGGUCCUUUGCUUCGUGUUCGAGGUGUCUCGUGAGCCGGAGCCGAGCUGCUCCGUUUACCGGUUGUCUUCAUAA